UCGCUCCCGGCCCGGCCCCGGGCUGGCCCCGGCCCCAUUCCGGCUCCUCACAGCAGCGGGCCCCACCGCGCCUGCGCGGCGCGGGCGCCAUGGCGCGGCCGGAGGGGCCCCCGACGCUGCCCGAGCCCCUGCGGCGGCGGCUCGUCUCCUUCAGCAGCUCCGUGUUCAGCGACAGCCACCGCGCCGCCCUCAGCGACCUCCCCCGAGCCCCGCCGGGCUUCCCGGGCUACCGCGCAGCUUCCUCUUUGGAGGAUGCUCCUAUGUUGAUACCCAAUCCACUGAAACCAAUUGCAAAUUACUGGACAUCGGGAUUUCAAAAAUUAAGUUUUACACAUUGUGAAAUCCUUUCCAGUUUGCCACUGCAGAUGUCCCUCUAUUUCAAUGUUUAUUUCUUCCCGUUUUGGUGGCUCAUCACAGUUGCCAUCCUCUACCUGAAGUAUCCAGUUUUAUCAGAUUAUUACAAGUUCAUCCUGGUCACCAUCAUGAUCCUGGUCUCUCUGACAGAGCUCAUUCGACUCUACCUGGGAUAUGUGGGCAAUCUCCUGGAGAAAGUGCCUGAGCUGGCUGGGUUUUGGCUCCUGACCCUCCUCCCGCAGUUGCCUAUAAUCCUCUUCUUGCUAUUCAAUGAAGGUCUGAAAAUCCACUCUCUGGAGCGAGCUGUCCACAUCAUCUUCGCUGCCUUCCUCUCCUUCCAAGUGGUCGCGGCCUUUUUCGCCCUGAAAAGGAUGGUGAACACUCUGGCCACUCGCUUCCGCCUGACCGAGUUCCACCGCCUGGAGGAGCAGCGCCCCAGGCCUGGCCUUUCCAGCCUGGCCACAGGCAGCAGCUCCCGGGGCUGGUAGGGCUCCAGUGCUGCCCAAAAUCAUGCCCCAGGGGCCUCAGGAGGCUCCACACCCCGAGGUUGCCACGGUUCUGUUUCCAUUUUGUUGGGUCAUUCUUUGCCUUCUUGCCUCAGAGGUAUUAAAAAAUUAGAUCUUGCUCAAGAGCCAACAUUAAACCUCCGAGGCUGGAACUCCUUUCUGCAAGGAAAAUCAAAGCCAAGUGCAUAACUGACUUGAGUGGACUGUUUGUGGUCUGAGUCAAUUUGGAGAGUUUUACAUGCUGUAAAGUUGUGGCAAUUUAAAAAAGAAAAGAAGCCUUUUUUCUCAUUGUUUGCACAAAAUCCUUUUGUUUACAAUAAA